GAUCGAACAAGCACAAGGGAAUAGGAUUUGUGUCUGAUUUUCGAAGAAUGAACGUCGGGCUAACAAGAGCGCGAACGUCGAUGCUGGUGGUUGGAUGUGCUGCUGCUCUCAAGCGCGACGAACACUGGGGAAAUUUGGUUGCGUUUGCAAAAAAGAAGAAAUGCCUGUUCAAGGUAACACGCCCAUAUCACGCCUUGUUCAAGGAAGAAUCCUUAUCGACGAUGAAGCCGUCGGAUGAGGAGGCGGAGAAGAUUGCAGGGGAGGCAGCAACUGUGCACAAGGGUGCGACAGUAGGCCUGAGGAAGAUGGACGACGGUCCGAAGGCAAAGGAGAAAAAACUGGAGGAUAAUGAUGAUAUGGAUGAUGACGAGGAUGGCGACGAUGAUGAUUACUAUGGCGGUGGCGACGAAGAAGAGGAGGAAGAUGCAUUAGCAAACCUGGGCAGCUUCGACGAUGACGAUUAACUGGCGGUCGCCUUCAACUGUACUGCAGGUUGCCAGC